AUGAGCAACGAAAACAUGUAUUCUAGUGAUCUCUUUUAAUCUACCGUGAUGUCUAAGUCUUAUUAUUAAGUCUUACAGGAUUCAAAUUUGAUUGAAUCAUAAGUGCUUCAACCAGUUUGUCAAAUGGCUACAUCUCAAUACAUGACUCACUCAAUGUAUAAACCUAAAAAGAUGGAAUUGUUUCAUCAAUUGGACGAUGAACAUGACUCAGAAGAUGAAGGAAUAGAAGAUUAUAAAAUUGGAGGGUAUCAUCCUGUGCAUGUUGGAGAAGUGCUUUAAAAUAGAUAUGUGAUAAUUUAAAAGCUGGGAUGGGGUCACUUCUCAACUGUGUGGUUGUGCAAGGAUUUUAAAUUUGACACUUAUGUUGCAAUUAAAGUACAGAAAUCCGCAGAGAAUUAUUUGGAGGCUGCUUAUGAUGAAGUGGAAAUAUUACAAAAAGUGGCUUAGAAUGUUACCAGUCAAUAAUGGCUUGAAAAACUAAAAUAAUAUAAACCCAAUCAAAGACUGAAUCGAGAUGACAGUCACGUUGUGCAAUUGUUAAAUUCCUUCGUUUAUAGAGGACCUUAUGGAUGCCACUUUUGUAUGGUCUUUGAAAUCUUGGGAGUUAAUCUGUUGGAAAUAAUCAAGAGAUUUGAAUUCAAGGGAGUUCCAAUGAAAUUAUGUAGAAAAAUAGCAAAAGAGGUAUUGAUUGGCUUAGAGUUCCUUCAUGAAUAAUGUGGAGUAAUUCACACAGAUUUAAAACCUGAGAAUGUGUUGCUUCAAUUGUCUUAAGACGAAAUCAAAGACAUCAUUGAAAAUGGUUAGUUGACAAGCAAUUAGAUAUUCAAGGAACGUUUGGAAUUUUAUCAUUAGCUUUUUGAUAUCAAAAAGGAAGAGCCAGUCAAAUAAGAGGACAAUUUACUACUAGUUAAGACUGAGUCAAUAAAGACUACAGAGAGAGUUAAUUCUGAUCAAUUGUAAGAGGAGUAGUAAUUAACCAAAAAUCAAUUAAGAAAUUUAUAGAGAAGAUAAAAGAAAAAAUAAUAGAAAAUGUAAUAACAAUAAUAGUAGACAGAUGAAAACAUGAAAAUUUCAGAUAAGGAGAAUACUGAAGUAAUACAACAAAAUCAAAAUUAACAAGAGAAUCAGAAGGAGAAUAAUAAUCUAUUUUAAAUUGAUAAGAAAUCCUUAUUUAAAUAAAUUCAAAAGAAUGAUUUUUCAGUUAAAGUAGCAGAUUUAGGAAAUGCUUGUUGGACUCAUCAUUAAUUCUCUACUUUAAUUUAAACUAGAUAGUAUAGAUCUCCUGAAGUCUUAAUAGGAACAAGAUAUAAUGCCACAGCUGAUUUGUGGAGUUUUGCUUGCAUGUUAUUUGAAUUAUUAACUGGUGACUUUUUAUUCGAACCUAGAAAGGGUGCAAAUUUUUCAAAGAAUGAUGAUCAUUUGGCUUAAAUUUAAGAACUUACAGGCAAAUUCCCAUUAUAAUUUUCUUAAAGAGGUCUGAAAUCUAAGAGAUAUUUUAAUAAGGAGGGAAAUCUAUUAAGAAUUCCAACCCUAAAUUGCUGGUCGUUGACAGAUGUUCUAAUAGAAAAGUAUAAGUAUAAUCCCAAGGAGGCUAAGGAAUUAGCUUCCUUCUUAGAACCAAUGCUUAACCCAUACCCAGAAAAAAGAGCUACUGCAUCUUAAUCUCUAAAGCAUUCUUGGUUGAAAAGUGAAAGUGAAGGAAUCAAAAUGAAUGAAGAGUAAUACAAAGAAUACAAAGCCAAAAGAGGUUUAAUUGAAUUUAAGAAAGAAGUUGAAAGUGAAGAAGAAUAUGCUGAUAGAAGUGAAUCCCCUAGAGUAAUCCUACCAUUAUCUACAAGACGUCGACAUCACAUAUAACCAAGGGUUGUAGACAGAAAGGAAAUCGACAGAUCAUUUACUGAUCUGGGAUAUAUUGGAUUUGGGAAUGGAAUCGAGAUAGACUUAUUGGAUUCUACAGGAAAUUGGCAAUUCAUUAAUUGA